AUGCACUUUGAGGCUUUCGUACGACCGCAGGCAGAUCUUCGGAUAGAGGCCGAUAACUUGGAUAUCUUCAAUGACAACUUCCCCUACCGCCGCACCGGUAGAGGGCACCGCGUCGUCUUCCCCGAGGUCUUGCGACCGUAUGUCACCAAGGAGCUGCUCGUCGAGUCACUGGAGGAAGGGGUCCCUUUGCAAGCGGUCCUUGGCCAGGCACAAAGGGCCAAGCGAGAUGGCACGAUGACGCCAGGGGCCUUGUUGAACGUACCCCUGGAUCAACUUCGCGACGAGGUGGGAGGACUCUGCAUGGAUGUGUUUCUGAAGAUGCUAUUCAAGGAUAAUUUCAUCCAUGCCGAUCUCCAUCCGGGAAAUAUCCACUUCCACAGGCGUCGAGUUGGCACCGAAUCGGGCCCGUUGCAGGCGGAGCUUGUGAUUUUUGAUGCCGGCUUGGCUGUGCAAAUGUCUGUGCAGGACCGCCGAAACUUUAUCGAUGUAUUCUAUGCACUGACGACAAAUGAUGGAAAACGAGCUGCGCAACUGAUGGUUGAACGAACACCCGGUGAUCGUUCCCUUGUGCGUGAUGAGGCUCACUUUGUGGCAGAGGUUGGCAGGCUUGUGAGCCAAGUCUGUGGCAUGGGCUUCGCUCUUGGGAAGGUGCGCUUGGGGGAAUGCUUUGGGCAGCUUCUUUCGCUUGCUUGUGAGCACCGGGUGAAGCUGGAAACCAGCUUUGUGACAGUAGCGACCAGCAUAAUCGUGCUCGAGGGCGUGGGACGACAACUAAGUCCCAUCGUGGAUCUUGCUGCUGCAGCCAGGCCGAUGCUUGCUGAAGCAGUCUCAAACCGGUGGAAUGGCUGA